AUGAUGUUCUGCAUCGUGGCCGGGGCCUCAGCUCUCCUGCAGCAGGCUACGCCAAGCCUCGCGGCAUCUGUGGCCACGCCAGCUCUCACACAGCGAGCGGCGACGCCGGCGAUGGGCCUUCUCGGCCGCGUCGCCGGCCGCCUGCGUCCCAAGCGAAAGCUCAACAUUCCCGUCAUCGAGGUUGGCUCCGUGCUCCCCGCCGUCGAAGUGGAGGUGGUCCCUCCGAACGCAACGACGGAAGGUGCCUUCACUCCGACGUGCACCGACCUCCACCUCCCUGGGCUGAUCCAGUCGGCAAAGACCCUGGGCGAGUACGGCGUCUCCAACAUUGCGGUGGUGACCACCAACGACCGCUGGGUCAUCAGCGCGUGGCGCGACUCGCUGCGCGACUGCGUCGGAUUCGGCGACUCGAGCCUCCCUCCCCUCUGCAAGCGGACGGAACCUUCUCUGAACCUUCUCACAACCUUCCCCGUAGGAGAGUCGAGCCUCGCUCCCCUCUGCAGGCGGCCGGUACCUUCUCUGAAGCUUCUCCGAGCCUUCCCCGUAGGAGACUCGAGCCUCACCUACCUCGCGGACGGCGACGGCGACCUGGUCAAGGCGCUCGGACUCGUCGAGGACAUGGGCUUCGGCGUCGGGCUGCGCUCGAAGCGGUUCGCGCUGAUGGUCGAGGACGGCGUCGUGACGCGCGUCGAGGUGGACGAGGGGAUGGACGAGCUCCGCACGACCGGCGCCGAGCUUGCUCCAGAUCGCAAAGCCUAA